CCCCAUGUAAAGAGUCAGGGGAUGGCAUCUGUGACAGAGAUUCCUUCACCAAAGAAGCACAUGAUGGGGUAUGGGGAAUAGUCGUUAUGCCACACGUUGCUUAAAAAGAUGGAAAGAGCCUCCCUGAAGUGAGCUGUGGCCAUGUGGAUGGGUCAACAUAGAAAUGACUGUACACCACUUUCGCACUAGGCCUUUGGGCCCUGUGAAGGGAACCACUAAAUCUAAAGGAAGAAGUCUCGUGGGUAAAUUUAAUGGCUCAGCUAACAUCACUGGGAAAGGAGGUACAAUGGAACCAGUCUUUUCGGUGGAUGAGUUUUCUACUUUGGUCCUCACUGGAAAAUUGACCACCGUCUUUCUUCCAAUUGUCUACACAAUUGUAUUUGCGAUUGGUUUGCCAAGUAAUGGCAUGGCCCUUUGGGUCUUUCUUUUCCGAUCAAAGAAGAAGCACCCUGCUGUGAUUUACAUGGCCAAUCUGGCCUUGGCCGACCUCCUCUCUGUCAUCUGGUUCCCUCUGAAGAUCGCCUACCACAUAAACGGCAACAACUGGAUUUAUGGGGAAGUUCUUUGCAAGGUACUCAUUGGCUUUUUCUAUGGCAACAUGUACUGUUCCAUCCUCUUUAUGACCUGCCUGAGUGUGCAGAGGUAUUGGGUCAUCAUGAAUCCCUUGGUGCACCCCAGGAAGAAGGCAAAUAUUGCCAUUGGUGUCUCCCUAGGAAUAUGGCUGCUGAUUCUGCUGGUUACCAUCCCCUUGUAUGUUGUGAAGCAGACCAUCUACAUUCCAAGCCUGGGCAUAACUACCUGUCAUGAUGUUUUGCCCGAGGAGGUAUUAGUAGGGGACAUGUUCAACUACUUCCUCUCUCUGGCCAUCGGAGUCUUUUUGUUCCCAGCCUUCCUCACAGCCUCUACCUAUGUGCUGAUGAUCAGAACUCUCCAGUCUUCUACCAUGGAUGAAAACUCAGAAAUAAAGAGGCAGAGAGCCAUUAAACUCAUCAUCACUGUCCUGGCCAUGUACCUGAUCUGCUUCACUCCUAGUAACCUUCUGCUCGUGGUGCAUUAUUUCUUGAUUAAAAGCCAGGGCCAGAGCCACGUCUACGCCCUAUACAUCGUAGCCCUCUGCCUCUCCACUCUCAACAGCUGCAUUGACCCCUUUGUCUAUUACUUUGUUUCACAAGACUUCAGGGAUCAUGCAAAGAACGCUCUUCUCUGUCGAAGUGUCCGUACCGUCAAGCGGAUGCAAGUAUCCCUUUCAUCAAAGAAAUUUUCCAGGAAAUCCAGCUCAUACUCUUCAAGUUCAACCAGCGUUAAAACAACCUAUUGAAUUUUCCAGCUUCUCUCAUGGAAGAUUUAGAGGAGGACUUGGAGCCUGCUUAAUGUUAUGGAAUGUUUCUGUUGCUUCCUAACCCAGCGGGUCUUACCACAUACCAUUUAUAUGCAGCAUAUCGCAGGAUUGCUAGAAACUUCUUUGUCUUCAGAAGGGAAACUCCCCCUCCCUCCAACUAACAUAGAUAUCAGUUUCAGAAUUCUUCUUCUACACAGAUGUUCCCAGAAACAACCGAGUCUUUGCAGAAGGUAGUAAAGAGACUGAAACCCACUGACUUGCAAAAACCGGUCUUGGUGUAAUGACAAAGUUCUUAGCCGAAACGACAUUUCUUUUACAUCUCAUGGGCUUCAGGGCCCCCAGCAAUGUUCAGUUGAAAUAACUGACUUUACAGAUAUGGAAACAAGAGAGGGAAAGGUGCUCCCCAGAGCCAGGUUUCUAAUCAGUGGCAGCUAGUUAGGAUUGGACAGUAGAUUCUGAAUGUUCACUGGGGUUCUUUUAUCCCCUCAUUGAAUUGAUGUGGAUCUUGUUUUUAAGAGGCAGAUUCAUCAGCCUCUCCACUGAGAGCUCAGAGUCUGGGGCUGGAACCCAGAAACCCGAGUUUUAACAAGCUUCCUUCUGAUAUUCUUGUACAACAAGGUUUGGGAACUACUGUUCUGAGUGCUGCUUCCAUUUGACAAGAUGUCAUAGGUAGUUUUUGAAAAGAGAAGUAAACAGAAUGCUUCAUGUCUCAUAUGUUCAGCUUAUGAUGAAAGCUGAUGACAUUUGGAGACUUUCAAUCAUUAUUAAUCCUUUGAGCAUUUGUAUAUAUCAUCAUUUCAUGGACGAUAUAAUAAGGACUUUAAACAUUGGAAAUACAAAUUUUGUUUGACUUUUUUACUGAUCUCAGCACACUCUUCAGGUAGUCUGAGUAAUAUAGUGUUUUAUGACAAAGGAUGGCAUUUUACCACUUAGUAUUUUUUCCAAUUGUUGUUGAACUAUUUAUUGUUAGUUUUGUUCACUUGUUAUCAUGUAUGAAAUUAUAGAGCCUUCACUGGGUUUGAACCACACCUGUUUGGAAAAGAACGCUAAAGUAGCGUGGAUUGCAGAGAAGUCCCGGACUCCAAACCAACUUUAUGUGACUGUGUGUUUGUGGCAUUUAAAAAUUACUGUUUUAUUGUAUGACUUAUCAAUAACACAUUACUUUUUUACAACUUACUUCUGUGUUGUGUGUGUGUGUGUGUGUGUGUUAGAGAAGGGGAGUGGGAGGUGGGAAAUAACAGCAUUACUCUUUUUUACAGAACUGGGGCCAGAGUGUACAUUUUACUCUCUGACGAUUCCUUUCCAUAUAACCACAUUAUAUGAAAAACAUGUAAUAAUUGCAAGGAUAAGAGAAUUCUUUCUACAUCUGCAUCUAUAGGUUCACUUCCAUUUUUAAAGGUUACACAUUAUUUACAAGUUUGCAUAUGUUGUAAUAUAUUCAGUCAUUUCCCUAACAG